CCGGGCCGCCCGCAGCCGGGGACCCCUGCCCGCCCUCCGCCUCGUCCGCUGGGCUGUUGAACGAGCGCGUGUUCGCUCGCCGGCCUCCGCGUCCCCGUCUGUCCCCUUGUGGCGGGGCGCGGCUCGCGGCCCCUCAGUCGCGCUCGGCUCACGCGGCUCGGCUGGCCGGCUGGCGUGUCCUCCUCCCUGCCCGGCGGAGGCCUGACGCCGCGCUUUGGAAAGGGCCGGGCGCCCGCGCCGCGGGUGGCCUCUCUGCCUGUCUGCCUCCCUCAUGCCCAAGAGUCCCUGUCUCGUAGGGAAGCAGUCAGUCCCUUAACGCGGAGGGCCUGCCGGGCGAGAGAGAGCCCGGCCCGUGAGGACCGAGCUGCCCUGGGCCGCCUCCCCCUGCGCGGUCGGCAGCCGCAGCCGCAGUUGCAGCGUGGCGGAGAAUCCCGGGAGCAUCAAGGUUACUGACUUUCCAUGAUGUUUGGUGGUUAUGAAACUAUAGAAGCGUAUGAAGAUGACCUUUAUCGUGAAGAGUCAUCUAGUGAACUGAGUGUUGAUAGUGAGGUGGAAUUUCAGCUCUACAGCCAAGUUCAUUAUGCCCAAGAUCUUAGGAAUGUCACCAGGGAGGAAGAACAUGAAGAGAAGAACUCUGGGAAUUCUGAAUCAUCCAGUAGUAAACCAAAUCAGAAGAACUUAAUUAUCCUUUCAGAUAGUGAGGUCAUCCAGCUAUCAGAUGGGUCAGAGGUCAUCACUUUGUCUGACGAAGACAGUAUUUAUAGAUGUACAAGAAAGAACUUUAGAGUCCAAGCGAAAGAAAAGACCCACAGUCCUCCUGCUUCUCUUCAUUCUAAUGAAUUGGCUGAUAAGAAAUGCAAGAGGGAUAUUGAGAAGCCUAAACCCAAAGAGAGGUCUGGUACGAUCCGAGAGGUCAUGAUAAUAGAGGUCAGUUCAAGUGAAGAGGAAGAGAGCACCAUUUCUGAAAGCGAUAAUGUGGAAAGUUGGAUGCUGCUGGGAUGUGAAGUUGAUGAUAAAGAUGAUGAUAUCCUUCUCAAUCUUGUGGGAUGUGAAAAGUCUGUUAAUGAAGGAGAAGAUGGUGUAAACUGGUUCAUCAGUGACAAAGACGUUGAGGCCCAGAUAGGUAAUAAUAGAUCAUCUGGAAGAUGGACCCACCGAUACUAUUCAGCUAACAAAAAUGUCACCUGUAGAAAUUGUGACAAAUGUGGCCAUUUGUCAAAGAACUGCCCCUUUCCACAAAAAGUUCGCCCCUGCUGCCUCUGCUCUGAGAGAGGACAUCUCCAGUAUGCUUGUCCAGCCCGCUUCUGCUUAGACUGCUCUUUACCCAUGUCUUCCACUCACAGAUGUCUUGAAAGACCUUCCUGGAGAAAACGCUGUGACCGAUGUGAUAUGAUAGGCCACCAUGCUGAUGCUUGCCCAGAAAUCUGGAGGCAGUAUCACCUAACGACCAAACCUGGACCACCCAAAAAGCCGAAGACCCCUUCUGGACAAUCAGCCUUAGUGUAUUGCUACAACUGCGGGCAAGAAGGCCAUUAUGGACAUGAGUGUGCAGAAAGACGGAUGUUUAACCAGACCUUUCCAACAUCUCCAUUUAUCUACUACUAUGAUGACAAAUACGAAAUCCGGGAGAGGGAACAGAGAAUAAAACGAAAAGUAAAAGAACUGCAGAAAAAUGGAGAUUUUCCAAGGCAAUUCAAGAGGCCUCAUAUGGAAGCAGCAGAGAAGAGGGCCCACCGUGAUGUGAGGAAGAGGCACGCCUCAUGGAAAACCAACAGGUGGCCUCAGGAAGAGCAGGAAACCCAAAAAGAGAUGAUGAGCAGGAGCAAGAGAGAGCGCGAGAAGCACAGGAAGGCGGACAGGUGUCGCAAAGUGGAUGAGGACUUCCCCAGGGGCCCACACAUCCGCUCUUCUCCCAGUGCUCUCAGAGCCCAGAAGCCUCACAGGCCCUUUCAGCACUCGUCCCAUUAUCGCCAGCCAAGAGAAGACAGGCUGCCCAGAGAGGGCAGGCGGGGCAAGCACAGGAAAAAGGAGAGCCACUCGGAAGAUGAUGGCAGUGACCAUUUGCUUCUUAUUAAGCAGCGGAGGAAGAAGUCUAAGCUGUGAGGCAGCUUCUGACUUGGCUUUCCAGCGUUUGUCUGCUCUUCGUGUCUGUGGUCCUGGCGAUACUUUAUUAUCUGUGUUUAAAUGAAGUGAGGUUUUUGGGUUUUAAUCUCAGUCAUACCUAGACAAAGACUGGAGAUCCUAGUUCUCUGUCCAACAGGUUUAUUAGGUCAGAAAAGAGAGAAACUAGGACUUCCCCUGUUCUAUUGUGUCAUUUUUUACUCAGAGUCCCAGAGAUAGGGAGAAUUCGUCUUUUCAAGAAAACUUUUAAAAGAUAAUCUGAAAAAAAUAAAAGCUCAUCAAGUGUAAUUCAUCUGCAGUGUAUGCAAAGUCCUUGCAGGAAGAGAAAUUAAUGCUAAUAUGAAAAAUUCCUCUAUCCUUGUCAGCAUUACUUUCUUUAAUAUCAGAAAGGAUAAUAGCUAUGAAUCUAAAUCCAGCUUUUCUUGCUUUUGAAGCUGGUCAGAAUCUUCCUUUGGUCAGAGCAUCACAGGCUGGGAAAUGAAGGUGUCCCCAGGGUACUGGGCUGCAGCAAAAUGCGAGUACUGGACGCAUCGCGUAAAUGUCACAAGAAGUUGCCUGCGACAAGUGAAAAAGAGUCAUCAAAAAUUUUAAUGUAAUUUUAACAAAAUAGUUUUUACGAUUUUUACAGCCACGCUUCAAGAAUACUGUCACUCAGAUAUAUAGAGAUGAGUAUUGCUCAGCUUAAAAAAUUGUUUUGUUUUCAUGGGUUUUUUAACUAUCACAAAACUAUCCAGAAAUUUUUGUACUCGUGAACCUUUUGUACCUUUCAAAGCCUAAUGUUAGAAUAAGAAAAAUAAAAUGUCUGAAAUAGA